AUGCUUGCAUACGUCAUCGUCGCCUCCAUUGAGGACUCUUCUGAAAUCGAGAAUAUAAGCGACUUCCUUGGAGGUUUCGUGGUCCUGCUAAACAAGAAAUUGCGACGAAUUGGAAGUAUGACUUUUAUUCAGGAAGAACCAGUCGGGUAUUUUCAUGCGGAGAUAGGCGAUGCCCUUCAAGUCAGCAAAAUCUACGAAGAGGUCAAAAAGAACAACCGUGCUCAGAUGAUUUUCCAUAUUUUGCCACACGUGGAUUCGCUCGAGUACAGGUGGAUGAAACAACUUGCGCGCGACAGUGGUAUGAUUGCGCAAGGCAUUCUCCAUGAAAGUACAGUCAACUGGUUUGCUCAAGUCGGCGGCCUCGCGUUCGCCGUCACGAAGAUUACGAAGAGUGUAUGCGAUCAGACGGCAAACGUUUUUGGACAGCGCAAGUUAAACGAGCCAUCAGCAGGACCGGCGAUUGAGGAUCCUAGCAGGAAAGACGUGGACGAGAUCACGGACGGGUCUCGGCACCAACAAUCAGGAGAAAUCACGUUGGUCGUUGAGGGAAUUUCACCCCAUGUGAAGCCAGCGAAAUUAUUUGCGGUUUUGCUUUCUCCUAUUCGGGUGUUGCAGGUGAAAUGGCAUUACACCGUCGUCCACGUGACGUUCGUCAACAAUCACGAAGCCCUUCAAGCAUGUGAGAAGUUCCGCCGAGUGAUGUCCGAUAAAUACCCGCUCGUGAUUCGAUCGCUGAAUGAUGUUGAACGCGAAGGCAUCAAC